GAUGCUGCUGAUGGACCCCUUUUAGCUUGCUGCAGGUUUGGGGCUGAACUGGAUCCUGACGCCACAGAGCGGAUGUCUCAGCGUAUCUAACGCAGCUCAGGUCUCUGCUGUGGUGUUGAAUCCUCGUCUCCACUCAAGCAGGACUCACCUUCGAACUGUGGCGACAUGACGACGCGGUCAGAGCGAGAAAAAGCUCAGAAACUGAACGAGCAGCAUCAGGCCAUCCUGUCGGCACUGCUGAGGGAGGAUGACAACAAGUUCUGUGCAGACUGUCAUGCUAAAGGACCUCGAUGGGCGUCAUGGAACCUCGGGGUGUUCAUGUGUAUCCGCUGUGCCGGAAUUCACCGCAACCUGGGCGUCCACAUCUCCAGAGUCAAAUCUGUCAAUCUUGAUCAGUGGACAUCUGAGCAGAUCCAGAGUAUGGUGGACAUGGGCAACUCCAGGGCCAAACAGCUGUAUGAGGCCCACCUACCGGAGAGCUUCAGACGGCCGCAAACCGACCAACCAGUGGAGGUCUUCAUCCGGGACAAGUACGAGAGGAAAAAGUACUUCGACAAGGAAGCUCUGACCACAGCUCCACAGAGGUCAUCUGAAGCCUCCACCUCCCCAUCCUCGCAGGCUGACAGGGGCAGACAGGAGAAGGAGCGCGGUAAGAAAAGAGAGGAAAAGAAGAAAGAGAAGGAUAUUGAUAAAGGGGAGAGACUCAACAACGUGAAGCAGACAGAGUGCAGAGCCAGUCCUAAGAAAAGCACAGAGCCAGCUGUGGACCUGCUGGGCCUGGAUGCCCCAGAUGGUGGUGGUGGGAAGAACUCGGGCAGUGCUGCACCAAUCAGCGAUGACCUGGACAUCUUUGGACCAAUGGUCUCCAAUCCUCUCCCCUCAGCCAACAACACACAGCAGGCCCAGUCUAGUUCCAGUACAGCAGCUCCGCAGGCGGACACCUCCACCUCCUCCUCUAUCUCCACCACUAUGACCACAAAGGCGGAGGAGAAGAAGCUUUUAUCUAAAGACUCCAUCCUGUCUCUGUAUGCCAGCAGCUCAGUGGGCAGUCAGCCGCAGAGCCAGCAGCAAUCUGCCCCAGGACAAGCAGGUAUGUACAUGGGCCAGCCACAAAUGCAGUUCACUCCACAGGCCUUCAACCCCGGGAUGGGGGGAGUCGCCCCACCCGCCACUAUGAUGGGUGGAGGAGCCAUGAUGCCCGGGAUGGCUCUGCCCAACGGGGGUUACAUGCAGCAGCCGGGCGGAAUGCCAGCCAGCCAAGGACAGAGCAUGUACACUAUGCAGCAGGGUCAGCAGCAGCCACAAGGACAGUGGAACAUGAGCCAGAUGACCCAGCAUAUGUCAGGCAUGGCCAUGAGCGGAGGAGGGCCAACAUCAGGCGCCCCCGCGGCCGGUUGGCCGGCGGCUCCACCAACGGCUUCUGGCCAGACCCUCAGCACUCAGCUGUGGAAGUGACGAGGAGGAGGUCCAGAGGAUGAGUGGGGGGAAACACGGGGUGGUCACAUGGCAACCAAAUGGCCAAAUCUCUCUGAGAUCCUCCCAUCUCCUAACAGCUUUUAGUUAAAUAAUAUCACACAGCGGUGGACGGUCUGCCUCUCCUAAAAUCCCUUCCCAAAUCCCUUCACCGUCGUUAUUCUAAGAAGCCAAGAUGUCAUCCCUCCAAGACACCGCGGAGGCAAGUGGGAAAAAAAGAGACUGGCAGCUGUCGUGUGCUGUCUUUAUCUGGGUGUCCUCGUUUGGUUUCCUUUUGUUGUUGAUGACUGAAAAAAGGCACAAAAACAGCUAAACAAAAAAAGAAAGCUGCUGGACCAGCAACUUUAAGUCCUAUUAUAAUAAUAUUACAAGUAUAUCGUACCAAAAUGGAUGGUGUGUGAAUAGUCCCUGAGUACUUACAGUAGAUAUGGCUAUGUUGUGGUUGGUUUACGCUACCCUGUCCUCCCCCCUCUCUCUGCUGUGUAAAAAAGUAACACCCCCCCCCCCCCCUCUCCCCCUCCCUGUAGGGCGAUCAGAGCCUUGUAGCAGAUAAUCGUGUGAGCAGUACUGUAUCGAUGUGAAUAUGACGUGAACCCCCCCCCCCCCUCUUUCAGAGCCAUAGGAGAGAGGCUGAUGCCGUCACUCUCGACGACAUUGGUUUGAGUUUUAUUUGUCACAUGGCACUGUGUGUGUGUGUGGUGGUGCUGGGGGAUGUUGCUGUGGAGAUGUAGUCCUCCCUUUACUUAAAAACAGCCUGUGAGGUUUAGCAUCGCUAAAUCCCACAGGCUUUGACUGACAUGUGUUUAGAGCUGCUUCUACAGUAGUUGUUAUUUUGCACUGAUUGAUUUUCACAGAACUUGAUCAUUUUUCCUGCAAAGAAUUUCUACAACAUUCAGAGUAUCAAAGGAAAAAGUGUCUCAUUGCAGCCAGUAGUGUUUUUUUUAUCCCCACACCGCAGCCGUUGUAUCACUGAUCAGCUCCAGGGUAAAUGAUCAUGACAGCAGUGGUGCCCUUCUUACCUUACAAGAAAUAGAUAAAAUAAAUAUAUAUGUUUCUGUUUAUUUCAGAAUAAUAUACCUCGUUAUUGUGAGACACUGGAGAGUCUUGCCUCAUAAGACUAUACAAAAUUCAGAUUUAGCAUAACACUUCUUCCCACUCUACACAUACUCAAACUGAAACAAGGUGUCACAAGUAAGGUCACAAUAAAAUCUCUUUUAUCUUAUGUUAUUAUACUAUAAUGAUCAUAUCGUCAUUGAGGAACUGUUGUAGCUGAAUGCAGCUCUCAUGUUAAAGAUCACUGAAAGUACAAUUUUUAGGAUCGUUGUAAUAAUUCAGUUUUCAUUUUUUAGACAUUGAGGACAUACUGCACAAACGAAAACUCGAAGGAAGUAACUGCCCAGCCCUAGUAAAAAGGGAACAUUCCUUAUAUCUGCAUUCAAGUCAACAAAGGCAGGGAACCACUGAUUAAUACAUAACCAGUAUCAAUACUUUUAUUAAGAGAUGAAUAUAUCCAACCCAUUUUCUCCAACUGGUUAAAAACAACCAAAAUCUGUAAAUGUCUUGGAUUCCAUUUAAGUGUCAGUAAUUGCCGGGUGGCCUGUGAGUCCCCGGGACGUCUUUGCUCGCCUCGCUGUGAUGUUAUGAAGCGUUUUUAAACCAAACGAGCUGGCUUCAGUGGAAGCCGGGCUCUGACCCAGUUAAGACACUUCCUUGUUGAUGAAAUGAGCCGUUUCCCCCUUUGCUCCCCGAGGCAAAUUAAAGCAGCACUGGAAUCACAGGGCUUUUUGUCUUUUUCUGCACUUUAAAUAUCAGAGCAGGUACUGUAUCUCCCACUGGGUUGUGAUUUGUCACUUCAUUUCCAACUGCAGAAUAAGAAAAUCCAUCCUCUUUUUUUUAUUUUUUUUUUAUUCUUUCAAACCGGACCAGUGUGACACCCAACAUGUUUCUCCUUCAAUAUAUGAUGCUGUAAACAUUUGUUUCUGCCAUCCGCCAUCUUUAUUGUGGUGUUUUGUUGUGUACAGAUCAAGAGAAGCACAGUAAGUCAUGAGAAAAUAAACCUGGACGACCAAUUAGAGGGCUAGACCGGCAGGAGGAGGAUUAAUGGGCGUAAGAUCAGCACAGAGAAUGAGAAAAGAACAAAAUACAGACACACACGCACACAGAGCUGCAAUCCCACUGCCGGGCUUCAGUGCAGAGAUUCCUGUCCGUGAACACAGGGUCCCUCUGCCAUGCAAUAACUGUGGUUUGUGUGAAUGACACAUACAUAUUCAAUUAAACUAAUAUCCUCCAGGUUUAUUUCCAAUGUGUUUACAUUUUCUGGUGCCUAGUACAGAGGGGGGAAAAAAAUGGUUUCCGUGCAUUGAAACAAUAAAUAGCAAGAAAAGUUUUUCUGUGUUUGUCUUUUUCCAAUGACUCUUAACUGUAAAAGUACUGUUUUAUCUUUUGGGGGAUUUUGUUUGCUCCUGUAUUUCUGUUCCAAGUUUUACAAGAGGGUAAUUUGGAAUAAAGUAUGUAGAAUCCUGGCUUUAA